AAAAAAAUAGUAUGUAGUGAUUAGAAGAGAAUGGUGAAAAAGAAUUCUCCAAUGGAACUUAGCUGGCUCAUGAACCAAACCAAAUAGUGAGAACACUUUGACGUGCAUUUUAGCUUCUCCUUCAACAAAACCAUGUGACUCUUUCUUCAACAUUAUUACGAACUGGGACCCUCAGUUUGCUAUGAGUUGGACACGUACGAUUUUUCCCUCCAUCUUCCUCCUAUAAAUAAUCCACCACCCAAUCUUCACUUUCUCAACACCACCAGCACCAAACAGAACCAAGCAACCUUCGAUCGAUGGGUAUUCGUUUGCCGUUUCUGGUUAAUGCAAAACACACGUCGUUGAAGUCGAACAAUGUUCCAAAGGGUCACGUUGCAGUUUACGUGGGAGAUGUCGAAAAGAAGAGGUUUGUGGUGCCGAUAUCAUAUUUGAAGCACCCUUUGUUUCUUGAUUUGCUGAACCGAGCAGAAGAAGAGUUUGGGUUCAACCAUCCCAUGGGAGGCCUCACAAUUCCUUGCAAAGAAGAAGCUUUCAUCAAUCUCACUUCUCAAAUGCGUGCCUUCUGAGACAGACACCAUUGUUACGUACUACGUAGUACUACUAUAUAUUAGUUGACUGCAUUUUAACUCACUCACCAUUGUUACUAUUAUUAUGAGAUUGUGUUCAAACUUAUGAGUUAACUUUGUCUGGAGAAUCAAAAUUGAUGGCCAUGGCCUUGGCAAUUGUAACUACUUCUUCUUCCUGCAAACCUCACUUCCAUUUAUUUAUUGUUUGGAACCUUUGUUUUUCGCCUUCAUAGGUCAGUUGCAAGCUGCUGGAGUUAAUACGGAAUAAACAAGUUGAAUUAAC